AUGGAGGGACCUCCUGAGGAGAAGUUUUUGGAAGCCUUUUUGCUGCAUGACUUAGGAGUUGAGAAUCCAACUUUGUUUGCAAGGAUCAAGAAGGCAUGGGAAAAGGUCAACAGGAAAGGUAAAGCUGACCUAGGAAAGAAGAAUUGUAUCACCAAAGAGCCAUACUUUCAAUGGAUAAAAGAAAGAGUAAGAUCAAUCAAGAUGCCUUUCAAAAUAGAGAUGUUUGGUCCUCUUCCCGAGUCUAAACCUACUCAUGUCCCAAUUGAGGAGGCAGAAGGACUCCGAGCUUCUUUAGAGAAACUUACAAGGGAAAAUGAAGAGUUGUUGAAGAACCUACACCUGAUCACUAAUGAAAAGAAUGAGUUUAAAUGGAAACUCGAGAGGAAUAAAGCGCAGCUUCAGGUAAAUGUGGAAAAGGUGGAUAAGGAAGAGUAUAAGAGAAAAAGAGUCAAGCAUGGUUUAGAUCAGGCUGAUAGUUGCUUGAAUACCGUCAAAAGCCAACUGAAAAAGGCUGAAAGAGAUUGUCGGGAAAAAGAGAAAUGGUGGAAGCUCACCACAAAACAAAAGAAGGAGAUAAGAGAAACACUUGAGGCUGAGAUAUCCAACCUCAGUGUUUCACUUUGUGAAGCAAAAGAAAGGGAAGAACGAGAACGCCGCAGUAAAGAGAGUGCUCUGGCUGCUACUCAAGUUACACCUGAAAUGUGGAAAGGAAAGUGCCAGGAGGUUGAAAAUGCUAAUGAGUGGGAACGAUAUCGAAGAGGCCGACAUGACUCUUUGCUACGAGAAGGUGAAGAUUGGAUGAACGCAAGGGAAAAUGUGAAUGCUAGUUUGGCAGCCUGCAAGGAAACCAUCCAGUUUUUACAUGAACAAAGAAAUGAGUAUCGAGACAAGUUUGCCAGUUUGAUAGACUUCUGUAAUGACAUGGCUAAUAAUGUGCCUUUGAUGCUAAGAUGUGCUUUGGAAGACAUAGACAAUGACAACAUUCCUCAUUCAAUGACUGAAUUUAUUUAUCUUUGUGAAGACAUGUUUAGAGAAGAACAAGCUGCCUUCAGAGAGGAGAUGGACUCUGUCAAAAUCAAGAUCGAGCAGAUCUUUGAGGCUAUACAAGCUCUGGCUAGAAGGGAAGAAGAUGCUCGUGUUGCCGCUGCUGUAAGGAACGAUGCUCUAGUUCAAGGGGUUGCUCUUCAGUCAGGACCUUCAGUUCCUAUUCCGAAUCCCGUUAUCUACGGUCUUCCUCCAGGCUUUGUUCCACCGCCUGAAAGAAAUCAUGAUUCCACCUGCGCAUACUUCUGGAGUAGCUGA